CUGAUCGCAAUGGCAUCCCCCAAAGCUUGCAUGUCCACUUACCUGAUCGCCGUCCUCUGCCUGGUCACCGGUGCGCACAGCGCCAAGGCGUUCAACUACGUGGACGCCCUCGACAAGGCGGUCCUCUUCUUCGAGGCGCAGCGCUCCGGGAAGCUGCCGCCGGGCCAACGCGUGGCGUGGCGCGCCGACUCCGCCCUCUCCGACGGCAACGCCUCCAAUGUGGACCUCGUCGGAGGCUACUACGACGCCGGGGACAACGUCAAGUUCGGCCUGCCCAUGGCGUUCACGGUGACCAUGCUGUCGUGGAGCGUGGUCGAGUUCGGCGGCGAGAUGCCGCCCGGCCAGCUCGCCAACGCCGAGGCGGCGGUGCGUUGGGGCUCCGACUACCUGCUCAAGGCGGCGACGGCGACGCCGGGCGCGCUGUGGGUGCAGGUGGCGGACCCGUACCAGGACCACCGGUGCUGGGAGAGGCCGGAGGACAUGGACACGCCGCGGGCCGCGUACAAGGACGAGCUCCUUUGGGCGGCGACGUGGCUGCACCUGGCGUCGUCGCCGUCGCCGAGCUCGCAGAGCGUGUACAUGACCUACAUCAACUCCAACGGGCACACGCUCGGCGGGGAGCAAGACGCGUACACCGUCAGCUGGGACGACAAGCGCGCCGCCACCAAAGUCCUCCUCUCCAAGGUAUUUCUGCAGAACCGGGUGGAGAGCCUGCGCCCGUACAAGGCGCACGCCGACAAGUACAUCUGCUCCCUCGUCCCCGGCGCCGGCGGCUUCCAGUCCCAGUACACACCAGGAGGCCUCCUGUUCACGGAACGCGACAGCAACAUGGAGUACGUGACCUCCACGGCCUUCCUGCUCCUCACCUACGCCAAGUACCUCAGCUCCACCGGCGGCGCCGUCUCCUGCGGCUCCACCGCCGUCACCCCCUCCACCCUCGUCUCGCUCGCCAAGAAGCAGGUGGACUACAUCCUGGGCGCGAACCCGGCGGGGAUGUCGUACAUGGUGGGGUUCGGGGCGCGGUACCCGAGGCGCGUGCACCACCGGGGCGCCUCCAUGCCGUCAGUGCACGACCACCCGGCCCGCAUCGGCUGCGACGAGGGGUUCCACUACCUGCACUCGUCCGACCCGGACCGCAACGUGCUCGUCGGCGCCGUCGUCGGCGGCCCCGACCAGAGCGACAGCUACUCCGACAGCCGCGACAACUACGCGCAGGCUGAGCCGUCCACCUACACCAACGCGCCGCUAGUCGGCGCCCUCGCCUUCUUCACGGGGGCACGCUAG